AUGACGAGUCUGUGGCACGGGUCGCUUACGUCAGUAGCAUGACUACAAGUUACCGUACCUGACGCCCGGAUGAGACCAGUCCACUUGAGUACUGUUGCAUUAAUCCCAGACGAGAAUAGGGCUAGAAGCAGAAAAGCACAAAAUGAAAGGGGAACUCACGUAUCCGAAAGCUGUUUUUCUCAUAAUCUGCAUGGAGUUCUGUGAGCGGUUCUCAUUCCACGGAAUGCGAAUAAUCCUAUCCCUGUACAUCAAGAACAAAUUGAACUACAGCGAUGAUACCGCCACCAUAAUCUACCAUGCCUUCAUGAUGCUCGCGUUCUUCUUCCCAUUAUUCGGUGCAAUUCUAGCUGAUUCGAUACUUGGGAAAUUCAAAACCAUUCUGUACUUGAGUGUCGUCUAUGCCGCGGGCCAACUCCUUCUCGCAGUCGGCGCUGUUCCAACUUUUGGGUUACCAGUCAGAGAACUUACAAUGAUUGGAUUGUUUCUAAUUGCCACGGGUACGGGUGGAAUAAAACCGUGCGUCUCAGCUUUGGGCGGAGACCAAUUCAUCCUUCCCGAACAGGAAAACUAUUUCCGCACCUUUUUCCCAGUAUUUUAUUUCGCCAUAUGCAGCGGAGCUUUCUGUUCAUCGGUUGUCACUCCCGAAUUACGUAAUGGCAUAAAAUGUUUUGAGGAACAGGAGUGCUAUUCAAUCGCCUUUUUUGUGCCUACAAUUCUCAUGGUUCUAACCAUUGUGAUAUUUCUUGCUGGCAAACCGCUCUACAGGAUAAAGAAACCUGCGCGAAAUAUUGUUCUAGAUGUUGCCAAAUGCAUAUGGCGCGCAAUUCACAGAAAGUCAAAGGCAAAUCAAGAAAUCAAGCAAAAGCACUGGCUGGACUAUGCCAACGACAAAUACGAUUCCAAAUUCAUCAACGAUUUAAAAAAAACUUCGCGAACUCUGAAGCUGUUCAUAGCUUUCCCUUUUUUCUGGGCUCUUUCAUCGCAAGUAGGAUCCCGUUGGACCUUCCAAGCUACAAGAAUGAACGGGGAAAUUGGCAGUUUCCUCCUGAAGGCUGAUCAAAUACAAGUAGUCGAACCAAUCUUUGCCAUCAUUUUAGUUCCUGCACUCAGUACCUUCGUUUACCCGGUAAUGGCAAAGAUCAAAUGCCUUCACACGCCAUUGCAAAAAUUAACAACCGGUGGAAUUCUAGGUGCAGUUGCAUUUAUUUUUGCCGCGCUUGUGGAACUGCGAUUAGAGACGACGUAUCCAGUUCUUCCAACCAACGGAUCAGCACAGUUGCGAAUUUUCAACCCUAGGGAUUGCCAAUUACCUGUUGUAAUAGGUAAUGAAUCUAUAGUGAUGGAACCAUUCGCUAUGUGGGGAGGCAGUAAUAUCAAUAUCAAAGGCAAUCAAUCGAUACCAUACAUUGCUGAUUUUUCAUGCUGCGGUGGAGAUAAAAACGUAAAUGGAUUCAUUACGGCUGUAGAGGGACAGGCGACUUCAUAUGUACUGGAGUCAACAUCCCCAUACGCCUAUAAGGACUACAUUAACAAAACGAAGAGUGGGAAUCCCGCAAUUCGAGUGUUGACGUACAAUGUCCGGAACCCGAACACCUCAACAAAGGUUGAAUUAUCAGGAGUGAAUUACGUUUUUGAAAGUGCGUCAGAUCUUGAACGAGUAACACCAGUCGGAGAAUUCAUCCCAGGAGAAUACAAUGUCAAAGUUAAUGGGAAAGAUGUUGGUUCAAUAUCCAUAAAACUUGGUGGUGUUUAUACUCUGCAAACGUUUGUCGGUGCGAAUAUGACAAAAAUAGGUCUCUCAAUAGUGACUCCACCAAAUUCGGUGCACAUUCUGUGGCUUCUUCCUCAAUAUGUUGCUAUGACUUUGGCUGAAGUUGUAUUCUCCACAACUGGAUACGAAUUUGCAUUUACGCAAGCUCCAAGUACGAUGAAAUCGCUUCUUCAGGCUGUAUGGUUGCUCACCAUAGCUGGGGGUAAUCUUAUCGUUGUGAUAAUUACUAAAGCGGGGAUUUUCAAGCGACAGGCAUUGGAGUUCUCUUUUUUCGCUGGUUCGACCGCUCUCAUCUUCGUGAUAUUUGCGGUAAUGACGAAGUCUUACGAAUAUCAUAAUUACAGUGACGAUGAAAUUUCGGGAGAUGAAGAUAAAAAGAUACCACGUACAGGGAAAAAUAGUGAAGCGCGGUCUUGUUCACGUAAUGAAGAGAGUUUGGAAUUGUAGAUUCUUAAUCAUGACAAUCCUCCCAUUUAAUAAAAUUUUUUCUUUUUUCGCGCGAAACUGCGUUAUCAUCUGAGCUGAUAAUAUCGCUUCAUGCUAAACAGAAAAAUUUCCAUAAGAGCCCAGAUCCUUAGAAAUUUAUAUUUGCAGAGUCUUCACUUUAUUUUCCCUAUUAUUUAUCAUUCGAUUUUCAAAUGGUCCGCACGUCCAAAUUAUUCGGAGAAUCUCACCUCUGGCAGUUUCAUUGGAUUGUACAUUAUAAAUGGUCGGUUCUGAUAUCUGUAUUUUGAAAUUCGUCGAAUAAUAGACAAGAAAUUUGACUUAUUUCGUUAAAGUUUCCGGUGAUAAUUGAAUCUGUAUUUUUUUAUUCCUCAUAUCAACGUGAAAAUCGUUCAGGACAUAGAUAAUGACUUCAAUAUCAAGUGUAUAAAAUCCCAGAGGUCUCAGUCAAUUAUUUGACUGACAAAUGACCCUUCGAAAAUUCGUCGGUGAAUUAAGGGAGUACCGUUUCCUCUUAAGACGCAACGGAACUUACCAUCGGAGUAGA